CAGGUCUACAUGUACCAUCCUCCGUACCAAAUCAGGAAACCAACUGAGCCAAUAACACUUCCUAAAACGCGCAAACGACGCGUCAGUCACAUGAUUAUCGCGUUUGUUUGUGGAGCAUGGAACAAACCGUAUCGGGUCUAGUGCCGUCAGCUUCACAUCAUCAAAACAAAAGAGGGCUGUUGGGGGCAACCAAAGUUUGGGUCCAUAGCCGCAAUUCGUUAAAACAGGUUCAGCAUUCUUGUCUUUUCUUUGGGGGAAGCUGUGGUUAAUCCGGUUGCCAUUUCCUAUAGACAAGGGUAUCCCUUCACUGGUCUAUAUUUGAUUAGGGGGAAGUAUAGUUGGUUACAAACAUCUGUUCUCAAGUGAACACUUCUACAACAGAAUUCAAGUCUGUGAACUUAGUGACAAAACAAAAAACAAAGAAAUGGUUUCGGGUUUAAAACGUCUCGCUGCGGACCACGCCGCAUUGCAUGAUGACCUGCCCCCGAAUUAUCUCUUCCCAUCGGAGGACUCGUCGAGCGAUGACCUCACUCAACUUACGACCUUGCUGGCUGGUCCGCAGGGAACACCAUAUUCACAAGGCCUAUGGUGCGUACACUUGAAGAUGCCAGAUGACUAUCCUAAAAGUCCACCGAAGGCGACCUUCAAAACCCGCAUAUGGCAUCCCAAUGUGGAGGAGUUGACGGGUGCGGUGUGCGUCGAUACACUGAAGCGGGACUGGAAGGCGACUCUGACGUUGAAGGAUGUUUUAGUUACAAUUUCAUGCCUGCUUAUUUACCCGAACCCGGAUUCUGCGUUGAAUUCUGCGGCCGGGGCACUACUUCAGGAGAAUUACGAGGCUUUUGCGCGACAGGCUAAACUAAUGACGUCCAUUCAUGCGCCGGUGCCGACGGACUUGAAAAGUGCAGCAGCUGAGGCAAAGACCAAGGGAGAAGAUGUCGGGACAACGAUCCCGGAGCAAGAAGAGCCUCGCUUGUUGCGUUCAAGGAAGGGAACUAGGGUUCAAUCCGUGACUAUGAAGAAGAAGAAUACUCGGAAGAACGGAGAGCGGGCAUCAUCACGCUCACAGCGUCAAUCCAAUAGUCCGGAGACAGAAAACCUUGCCGAGGAGCAACAAUUAGAGAUUCACCAUGAAGCCGAUUCAAUACUCUCAGACGACGAGUCUGAGAGCCUCUCCAACGCCAGCAAAGAGAACGACCCAGCGCUAUCGCCGUCCCCGGUCAAAUUUGCUCCACCGAGCCCCAGGAAAAACGCCCUCGGAAAACGUCCGCUAUCCGUCCUAACGCUGCCUCUAGAUACAGACCCCUUUGCAAUGGAUCCAGACGACAGUGACCUGGAGGGCAUGACGGCGUCUGAGAAGAACAUCGCAGCAAACAAUUACGGUGACAGCUCAGAACGCGAUCCUUCUCCACAGAGAAAGUCGCCAAAGUUGUCCGUCCGUAGUAAAGGGGUCAACUCAUCCGGGCGCAUACGGGAAGAAGUCAAGAUAUUCGAAGACGCUCCAGAACCGCUUGACUUGGACCGCUGUCAUAGCGGGGACGGCAAAGAGAACCAUGGCUCCCUGGCCGGCCCGAAAGGGCUUGGUCUUGCUUCCAAGAAAGCCCUUCCCACUUGCCCUCCGACUUCACUCGCCCCGCCCUCCAUGUCUGCCCCGUCCAGCUCAAAAGCCUCUAAGGCAGUCUCUGGUACGCGAAAAGUGUCGGGUUCCAAUCUGAAGAAGGCGAAACCACGUAUAGGCAUUCGCAGGUUAUAAUUGGACUCAUGACGGAACGUCGUAAUCUGUUUUUCUUGAUACAUGUUUGUUUGAUUUCUUGAUGCAUUAAGGCAAAGGAUUGGACCUGGCGUUUGGGUUAAAUGGGUCAGCGGUGUUGGCCACAUCUGUCUUUCUAGAACUCGGGGAGGGAUUUUGCAUACUCAUUGAAGAACUUGUUCCGGAAUCCUUUAAUUGUUCAUUCAAGAUACAUAAUAACUAUGGCCGUGUGAAAUCACAGCACGGGCGUCACUUUUGAAUAUCUAAUAGACCGUCGUGGACAUGCAAG